AUGAACGAUAGUACUACAGCAUCAGAAGGAUCAAACCCUACUCCCCGAGGGGUGGUAGGUCAAUCACCGAGCGGGAAUGCACCAUCGGCUCGAACUACUGGCACCAGUAGCGUCGCUGCAGGCAAUAGUGCUGUGGCAACUGUCACUCUGACAGAGACUGCUACCCAAGAGCCCGAAACACUGACUCUGACCCUUCAGCCUAGACCCACUGUGAGAUGGGAUUCGGAUGUUGUCGAUAAUGAGGGCUUGGGAAGAAAGAGCUCCAAGCGGUGCUGCAUUUUCCACAAGCAGAGAGCCUUUGGAGAGUCGUCCACAGACUCUUCCGACUACGAGUCCGAUGGAAGCGCCUCCAGUUCUGGGGAUCCCAACGCGAAGAAACCUGCUCGAAAGAAGAAGGGUGCCAAGCAGGGCAAAGUGCCCGACCACCAACGAUUCCAUGCAUAA